AUGGUUGGUUAUGGCGAAACUGUUAAAGAAUAUAGAAUAUACUUCUCACAUGGGAAUGAUGUAGAACUCAAACGAGAUGUAGUUUUCUUAGAAAAAGAACAAAACUAUAGCGAAAUCGAGGUAAAAUUGAACUAUACGGAAGAAAAUAAUGACAAAAGUAAUGAGUUGCAUAAUGAAUCGGAAACUACAUCAGCGAAUCUCGAUGAAACUAUGGUGAUGUUGAGUAUGUCUGAAGAGUCUGGAUCUGAAUACAGUCCAAGUGAAGCAAAUAACAGCUCAGUCGAACCAAUUGAUGAGGUCUGCCAAAGAGAACCCAGCAAACGAAUUAGGAAGCCACCUGUUUACUAUCAUUGCCAAAAUGUGCAUACUGAACAAUGUGAACCUGUCACUUAUGCAAGGGAGAGACUAGUUGUAACACUGCGAUAUUUAGCAACAGGCGACUCGUAUACUAGUCUACAAUAUUUGUUUAGAAUAUCAAAGCAGUCAAUUUCUAAAAUUAUACCACAAAAUACAGAAGCAAUAAUCGGAAGUGCUAAAGGACUAUGUACCGGGUACUGGCAAGGUUAUUCAGUAAAAUCAUUAUCUGUCAUAUUGUUAGGAAUUGAAUGGAAUGUGGGAUUGUGGGAGCUAGCGUGCUGGGUGUGGGGGCUUGCGGGCUGGAUGUGGGGGCUUGCGGGCUGGGUGUGGGAAUAUAUGUUGAUGCGUAAACGGACGAAGAAGAUGAUUCGUUUAGAUAUUGUAUGCCUGCGUACUGUUGAGUGA